AUGGCCGCGGCCGUCUCCUCCGCUUCCACCGCGCAACUCCAACUCGCGCGCGCAGCCGCCGCUGCGCGAAUUUCUUUGCCGGCCGCGACCGUCGCAUGCCGCCCAGCAGUCGCGGCGCUUUUUCCCGCGAAAAGUCCUGCGCUCCGCCGAGCCGCGACAGUGCCGACUUCCUCUAUAAACGUUACCACAGCCGUCGUCUCUCGCGAUCCGGCUCCUCUGCGGCUCGCUGCGACUGGUUCUAGUUCCACUACCACGCGCUCCGACGGUAGUAGUAGCUCUUCCAAUGUAACCAAUUUACUAGCUGCGGCGCGCUGUGUCGCGGCGCCGUCCUUCUCAGUGCGCUCCGCUCCUGCAGGCUCCACUGGAAGGCGGCUCCACCGUUUCAGCAGAGCGGCGGCCCAAGGAAGCCCGGUGCAAGCGGCGACGGUGGAGGAAUCAGAGGACGACACGUGGCAGCUGAAGCUGCUGUACGACGGCGACUGCCCCAUCUGCAUGCGAGAGGUGGACUUUCUGCAGGGUCGCAAUAAAGAGUUUGGCACGCUCAAGUUUGUGGACAUAGCUGCGAGUGACUAUAGCGCGGAUGAGCAUGCAGGCGUGGCAUAUGAGGCGGCUAUGGGGGAGAUUCACGGGAUACGGCGGGACGGCACCAUAGUCACUGGCGUGGAGGCCUUUCGUGAGUUCUACGAGGCGGUGGGCCUCGGGUGGGUCUAUGCCAUCACCAAGAUCCCUCCGUCCUAUGCCCGACCAAUCAUUCACCACUCUUCCCACUCGUCCUUAUUUCUCUUCCUACUCCUCGUCGCUUUGCUUCUCACUUUCCUCGCAUUCCCACUCCUCCCCGUUCUCUUCCCACGCAUCUCUACUUGUUGA